CGUCGACGGUGCCGGUCCGUGUGACAGUGUCUGUGAUUCCCUUACUCAUCGCUGGAUUUACUCUUCUCUAUCAAGUGGUGAUGGUCCAGACGUGAUGGAGGAGACAGACUGCAUCACUGUCCCUGCCAAAUGUGCUCGGCCUCGCCCCUUCUCUAUAGAGUCCAUCAUGGGUCUACGAGACAAGGUGUCACCCCUGCCUCAGGAUCUGACCGUGUCCAUCGUCCGGAGAGAAGAUCAUCCACCCCCUCCGCCACAUCCACACCCCUCAGCUCUCCUAGUUCCGCCGGAAGCUCACAGAUCUCUGCUGUAUCAGGACCUCCUGACAGAACCAUGUCUCAAUCCCUUCCUCUACCACUCCUGGCUGGCCUCUCUACCUGUAAGACAGGACGUCGUAGCUCCUCUCUUCUCGCCACCAACUCACCAUUCCGACGACUCUAGGUCGGAUUCUAGGUCUCCAGUCACGCCCCAUGACCUCACUCUUCCGAGACUUCAUCCUGUUGGCAGUCCUGGAGGCAGUGGAAGGGACAGUGGAGAUGGCGAAGACGACGAGACUCAAACAAACAACACACCAACUUCCAACAAGACCCGUCGAAGACGAACAGCAUUCACCAGCGAACAGCUCCUGGAACUUGAGAGAGAGUUUGUCGCCAAGAAGUACCUGAGUUUGACUGAGAGGUCACAAAUUGCAAACGCAUUAAAUCUCAGCGAGGUUCAGGUUAAAAUCUGGUUUCAAAACAGAAGAGCGAAAUGGAAGAGGGUCAAAGCUGGUGGGAUGUCUUCUUCUUCGGGUGCAGGAGGCCAUAGAUCAAGUUCCUCCAACAACAACAACGGUUGCAAGAUAGUUGUUCCCAUUCCUGUCCAUGUGAACCGUUUUGCCGUCAGAUCUCAGCAUCAACAGUUGGAGAAGUGUGGGCCCGGGCUGGCUCAUUUGCACGGACUCAAAAUCCAGCCCCCAGGCCCCGGUUGCUAGCCGUGGCGUCCCUCGGGGUUCAGUGAUAGUCACUCUCUGUUUCAACCUUAGGUUCUGCUGGAAAUAUCUAUCCUGGGGUUUAUUACGUAAACGGAUGAGAGUUUAAUGACAAUUUUCACUAUGUCUAAACUAAUGUUAUUGAAAUUGGACACAUUGUUGUGUUGUUUGAAUCUUUGUUACCAUCUUUAAAGUUGGUAUAAUUGGUGAUCGACAAUUUCAUAUAAGUUACCUGAGUGGACUGGAAGGUUAAUAUAUAAAAUUUACCACAAAUUAUACUAUUUAUUUUCUUCUUACUAGAAAAAGUGCUUUGUGAUAAGCAUCGCGUACAAUACAAAAAUGUUUUUACAUUCUUCAAUAAUCUGGUACUGUACACGAUUUCCAAUUUUAUGUGAUAAUUUCAAAUUGGCCUAGUGAAGAUAUGGGGUUUGUCACUCACCCGUUUAUAAAAAAUACCCAGAUCAUUUAUACAUAGUUUGUCUUUAUAUUAUCUGAUUACGGCCAUAUCCAUAAUGUGAAUGUGCAAUAUGCUUAUUUUACUUUAAGUUCGUUAGGUGUUAUGAAUCUUUACCCAAAAUUAGCUUUUAUUUAUUAUUAAGUGAAAACGGGUUGAAAAAAAUACUCAGGUUUGAAAUAGUGGAUUAAGUGUUACUAACUAAAUAGUUUACGCCCAUAUUAAAAUUCCGAUUUAAAAGUUUUUUUAAUAUUCUGUCAAAUUUACACAAGUUGAUUACAAAAUAAUAUCAGCCUCAACCAUAAGUACUCGUAUAUUUUUUUACGUUAAGAGUUUUUUUUAUUAUUUAACAAAGUUUGAUACGUUUUCUAUAACCCCCACUUGAUUUUUUUAUUGGAUCUAGUCGAAGUGUAUGUGUGAAUUUUAUAAGCCAAAUAUUAUUCCAAAUAGAAUUCCCAAAACGUAUCUCACAUUUUCAAUUCAAAGUUUUAUUUAGAAUAUUUGAUUCAAUAUCAAUAUGGUUUAUACCUGACGAAUUAAUCUAAUGGCUUGAAUUUAAGUGAUAGAAGCUGAUCUUUUAGAUUUUAAAUUCAAGUGCUAAUUUUAUACCAAAUUUUUCUGACCAUAAAACGAUUUAUUCUUAUUUAGACUAUCUUUGCCAUUAAUUUACGAAGUAAGCGUCUGUCACCGUUAUUUAGAAGUUCGUGCUUUUUAACAUAUUAAGUAAUUUAAUUUCGAUACUUAACGUUGUUUUCCUAAUAUGAAUUAUUGUAUGUAAUGAACAAUUUUUUUUAGUUCGUAUUAAAUUCAGUACGUACCAAAGUGACAAAAUGAUUUUGUAAUCCAUAAAGUAAAGAGAGGUGAAUGUUUCAUAGAUAUUUUAAAAGUAUGUUUUGAUUGUUAAUGAAAAUCAAAUAUUAGCCAGUUUUGUGUUAGUUAAAAUAUAAGAAUUCUUUGUUCCAGUUUUAUCUUGACAACCAUAAACACAUUGUUGCAAGAUCGAAUUUUGCUAUUAUAAAGUCUGACUGUUCAAUGCAAUCCCUAAUUUCAGGUUGUCCAAACCCGUUUUGGCGGGCUUUAGUAAUUUACUUGUACAGUAUAUAUAUAAAAAUUGUUGGAAUAGAAAUAAGAAUAGAAUAUUAGUAAGAAUGUUUUGUUUUGUAUAUAGUUAUGAUCACAGAAGUAAAUGUUUUAUAAUAUGUUUAUUUGAAGAUUAUAUCUUAAGUAGGAAUUAAACUAUA